AUGAUCCCUACUACAUCGACAUGGUUGCUCAAGUCUUGCAACAUCAUCUACUCUCACUUGUACUCAUACUUCCAAAACAAUGCUACAGACCUUGAGAUGAUCAUCACCAAGAUUGUCGAUUCAUUUGCCACGUCUGACCUGGUACAAGUCUCAACCGAAUCAUUCUGCUCCAUUACAAUGAAGUGUUGCAGACAACUGGUCGACCAGUUCAAUGAUAUAUUGAAUGGAUGUGUCGAAUAUCUACCAUUUAUCGAGGCGGAUCCAAUUGACAAUACAUUAGCACUUGUCUUUAAUGGGCUGCUCUCAAUCAUCUCAGUAAUGCGAACACCAUUCGAUAUGCAAGAUGCCUUCAACCUGGCAAUCAAACCAUUGAUCAAGGUUGUAUCACGAACUAUCCAAACACUGAAACCAUCAAUGUCUGGUCCAGCUUCAAACAACAAAAUCGGCAAACUGGUUAGCCACUUGAAGGUGUACAACACGUUCAUAUCUGAUGGUAUCCUUCGAGGCAGAGACGACCUAUUUCAAUGUUAUGCUUCCCCAAUUCAAACAUGUUCUUGA